CCAUCCUACGAGAUAUGACAUUGAAAAUUUGCUCCCACCAACUUCCACAUUUUCAAGCAUUUGGCAUCAGCAACAUUAACAAUUACAAAUUUACAAGACUAAAUGCUUGUUUAUUCAAGUAGGAACCUCUAAGUCUCUGGAGAUGCAAUUUUAAAUAUAUUAGUCAAAUUCAAUAGAAGUGUUUGGUCCAACCCAAACUCUCUUUACUUUUUGAACUCAAUAAUAUAAAUACACAAAACAAUGAAUUUGUUUGUCAAUCAAUUUGGUGGUGACCAAACCAGAAACACAAACACAUAUGGAUCAACGAAAGCAAAAUUUGAUUACAUCAAUCUCUACUUUUCUCAUCAUUCUUCUUCUUUGUGUAGCAAAUGAGAUCAAGUCGGCACCUACAAAUCCUAGCAAGCAGCAGCACUUUGUGUUAGUUCAUGGGUCAUGCUUCGGUGCUUGGUCUUGGUACAAGCUUGUAACCCUAGUUAGAUCAUCUGGUCACAACGUCACUGCCCUAGACCUAGCUGCUUCUGGGGUCGACCCACAGCAGGCAAAGAAUUUGCGAUCAAUUUCCGACUACUUGAAGCCCUUGAGGGAUUUCAUGGAAGCUAUUGAUGGAAAGGUGAUUCUUGUUGGUCACAGUCUUGGUGGGUUGGCCAUUUCUCAAGCCAUGGAAAGAUUUCCAGGUAAGAUAUCUGUAGCUGUUUUUGUCACUGCCCUGAUGCCAGGCCCGGCCCUCAACAUUUCCAGCCUUAAUAAAGAGUCGUUCCGGAGACAAGAUUCUCUAUUAGACAGUCGAUACACAUACGACCAAGGCCCAAGCAAUCCUCCAACCACUCUCAUAUUUGGCCCGUUGUACUUGAAAUCAAGAGUCUACCAACUUAGCCCAAUUGAGGAUGUAGCUUUAGGCAGCAUGCUAAUGAGACCACUACGUUUGUUCAGUGAAGAGGACUUGUCCAAGAAACUCAAGCUAACCAACGAGAAUUACGGGUCGGUCAAUCGGGUUUAUGUAAUAUCGGAAGGAGAUUUAGUCGGAAAGAUGGACUUUCAACAGUGGAUGAUCAAGAAAAAUCGGCCAAACAAAGUGGUGGAAAUCACAGGAUCUGAUCACAUGGUCAUGAUAUCCAAGCCAUUGGAGCUUUGGCUGCAUAUCCAAAGAAUUAUUAAAAACUAUACCUAAUAGCUUAAAUUAUCUUCAAAUGAUAUGUCAAAUUUAAACGUGAAAUUUAAAUUUGAAGACUUAUGUGACAUUUUGAUCUUUUUUUUAAAUUCUAUUCUCCACUUGA